UUGACGUGGCAUGGAAAUUCUCUACUAAGUUGUAGCAGCUUGCAUGUUUCACUAACAUCAAGCCCAGCCUCCCAGAGCUGUAGCUUAAUCAUGGGCUCAGUGACUUUACAGAAAAAUGGAUAGAAAAAGUCUUCAGCUCCUUUCUUUGGACCCCAACCUUUUUUUCCCCCGGUGUCUAUGGUUUUGCUGAAAAUCAAAUCAAAGCAGUUAAGUCUGUAACUUUCUUUUUGCAGCUUAAACAACAGAAUUUGUUGUUCUCCCUCCCCUUUCCUGCAAUUUAAUUCCUUACAGACUUUGCCAUGGGGUGCGGACUUAGAAAGCUAGAAGACCCUGAUGAUAGCAGCCCUGGAAAAAUAUUUUCUACCCUGAAGAGACCGCAAGUGGAAACAAAGACAGAAUUUGCUUACGAAUAUGUAUUGCUGGAUUUUACUUUACAAGCUUCACCAAAUCCAGAAGUUAUCAAGAUAAAUUCAAUUCUGGAUAUAGUAACAAAAGUGGAAGACUAUUAUCUUAAAGGAUAUGUUGUUGGGGCCAUUCAUCCUGCUAUACAAUCUGUGGGGCAUCGAAAAUACCUACCAGCAAGUUACCUAUAUCGGGUGGUGCUAUUGCGCUUGAAAUUAAGCCCGAAGCAUUCAGCAGCACCCAGRGUACAGAGACACCCAAGACUUGUGAUUGAGGAAUGUCCUCUAACUUAUGAGACACAAACAAAUGACAUAGCUAAAGAACUGAUAGAAAAGAUUAAUGUUGCUGCUAAAAAAGGAAUGAAAUUUGUUGGAUUCAUAUCACAGCAUUAUCCACCACCUAAAUACUGUAAUGGAACCAACUAUGAUGGAGAUAUAGAAUCAAUGCUGCAUGUGAGACACAGUUCAGAUGAGAACUGUAAAAGUUGGAAUGAAGGAACAUUAAGUGGGCAAUCGUCUGAAAGUGGAAUUGAAGAAGAACUUCAUCAUGAAAGUGGACAGUAUCAAAUGGAACAAAAUGACAGCCCCAGCUCCUCUAAACUAAGAAAGGGAGAAGAUAACAAGUUGUAUAUAGUUUUCAAUGUUUUUGAUGAUGAUUCAACAUGCUGGACCUAUCAGGAAGGAGUCCUAUCAAUGAAAGUAACAAGAAAAGGAUCUAUCAUUAGUACACUUGAUGCUGAUUGGCUGCAGUUAACUACAUUUUAUUAUAAGCAAGGCUUGUCUUUAAUGGAUUCUUUUGUAUGCUGGGAAACACCUAAAGGGGACCAUUUGCCUAAAUCUUUGGAAGGAUUUUUUAUCUAUGAAGAAGAAGGCUCUGGCGUUCCAGGUUCUAACAGGAAAGGAAAUGAUGCCAUUGUAGUAGAACAAUGGACUGUCAUUGAGGGCUGUGAAAUCAAAACAGAUUAUGGCCCUCUGCUACACACUCUGGCUGAAUUUGGAUGGCUCCUGACAAGCGUGUUGCCUACACCCAUAUUGAGACAUGACAGUGAGGGGAAUCUGGCUACAAAGCAGGUGGUAUUCCUUCAGAGGCCAGUUAUGUGGAAUUCAGCUGUGCAGACCCCAGAAAGGAAAGCAAGCCCUUUUAUGAAAGGCGACGACAGAAACAAAGUCAGCAGCAGGAGCAUCGGAUUAGACGCAGGCGAGUCGCAGCCUAUGGAGGCCAGAACCCCGCCKGAGGAGGGCCGCUUCUCGCCUUCAGGAGAAUGCUGGACCAAGGAGGGGAGGCCAGCACAGUGCAGUGGCUUCUCGGGGUUCAGCAGCAGCGACAGUGUCCUCCGGGAACUAGAUGAAGGACAGUUUGACCAGGAGGACGGAGUGACUCAGGUCACUUGCAUGUGAGCCUCCAGGUGAAAGAACAGAGGUCCUGUAAAUAGUCAUUAAAAUAAUUGCCAACUGACUUUAUUACUGUACCUGCAUUUAUGUGAUAUCCUUGAAUUUUUAGACUCAGCCUUUCCUCUAAUCUGURUAAACUUUGGCUCAAUCUUCUAGACAAGGAAGAAUAACCAACAUAUUUGUAAAUUUAGAAUCAUGUUUACACUUCUCUCAACUAAAACAUCUGUCUAAACAGAUGUUCCAUUAGGUUAUUAAGCAAUAAUCUACUUCAGUUUCUCAUGAAUGUACAAAAUAUACUUUGCUUACCAUUCCCGUUAAGAAGACUGAAUAUCCCAGUCAGUAUUUUACCUAAUUAGAGAAUUCUCAGGAAGUUACAGAGGCUUAUUUAAACUGAAAAAUAAUCUCUCUUUCUCUUAYAUACAAAUCAGCACAGCGCACAGACACAUAACUGAUUGGUAAAAAUAAAUACCUAUUUUCUGAAUAAAACAAUCCAAAUUUUCUCUUUGACUAUGGACUGUAUAAACAAAGAAAGCCCCUACCUGUUAAAAUAUUCUCUGAAAAACAUAAAUUYUUUCUGUGUGUCUUUGCUUUUAAAGACUCAUCAGUUACCAGCCCUGUGUUGAUUCAUUGAGCUUAGACAUUAUUGCUCCUACUAGCUUAGAAAUAUAGCAAAGCAGYAUCUUUUAAAAUUCAAUACAAAAGCCAGGCAUGGUGGUGCAAGCCUAUAAUCCUAGC